UUGAGGAAAACAAUCCUGAGAUUUUCGUACGUAAAAUACCUUCUUCUUCAAUAUAUUGGCUAGAAACGUCCGAGCUUUGCUCCAAUUACCAAUCUUGUAAAAUACAUGUAUAGUAAAAUAUAUAGUUGGUAAAUUUUACUAUACAUAUAUUUUACAAGCACUUUUACACGCACUUUUUUCCUUCAAGACGUACGGAAAUUAUAAUACUAUGUUUAUUAUUUAUUUGUUAUUAUACUUGCGUUUAUUAUUACAUUAUACUAUGUUCUUUUCGCCUUCCUCCGUAUUCUGUAUUGUGUGAAAAUUCACGGUGCCCUCGCGGGAGGUGUUCCACCUUCGUCCCAGUGCAGUACCAACGCAGCUGGAGAGAAAUAAAUCGCGGUGGCCAUGGGGACUGUGUAGUCGUUCUUGGUGCUCUCCGGUCGCUUGUUUUCCUUGUUUGUUUUUAGUUCCCUCCGGGAUUAUCUUUUCGCUGUCGAGUUCCCUGGAAUUCGACUCAACGCGACAUGGCUACGAUCGAUUCUGCAAGCCGUUUGAUUUCAUUGCUAUGCUUUAUUGUGGUGCUAACCUCGUCUGUCAUUGCUGUUGCGGGACCAGAUGGUACGUCUUCGGCCUUGCCACCUUUGAGCCAGGAUCCUCCGUCCAAAUCAUCCUCGGCGACAAUCGAAGAACACCCAUACAGUAAUGUCGCCGACGAUAAAAAAGUACCAAAGGAUCUUGCAAGUACAUCAAUGAUGAUAGAAGGAGGACCAAUAUUAAUACCUACAACCACCCAACAACAAGCAAACACCAAGAUUGUGGUUGAACCAGACAUCCCUGAUAAAUCCAGAGAGAGACAGAACACACCUAAGGCGAGAUUCGCUAUACCUUCUGUAGUUCCAAGGAAAGGAGUUGAGGAAAAAAAAGUGAAAGCAAGAAAAGGUGUGAGUCAGUCUAGCCUAGAUGUAGAGCAAGCUAAUACAUCAAUCAGCCAAAUCACUGCUCAGGAGAACAUAAAACCCAUAGUGGAAGAUACUGCCACAAUAGCACCAGUUCAUACCGAUAAUCAAGCUGAAACUGCCAAGAUCGAUGCGCCAAAGUUGAACGUCACCAAUUCACGACCUAAUGACAAUUCAGAUUAUCAUGGUGCGAACUUUAGUUCAAUUCCAAUCUCAGUGAACGCGAACACCUCUCACAUAGAGGUCACGAAUGACACAACGAAGUCUUCCCCACCUCCUGUGGAAAAAAAACACAUACCGAAGCCUAAGCCAACAGUGACUACUGUCGGCAAAUCGGAAACUAACGAGUCCAGGCUGUCCUCGCGCAACAAGAGCUCCCCGCUGGGUGCGCCGAGAAAGAUCGAUUACAUCGUGCCAGUCAUCAUAACGAUUGUCACUUUGCCGAUACUGGGUACUGGUAUUUUUCUAUUGUACAGACGCGGUCGAGAUUGCUGGGACAAGAGGCACUACCGAAGAAUGGAUUUUCUGAUCGACGGAAUGUACAACGACUGAAAGAGCCGCGAAGGCGACAAUUUGCAAUUUGAGAUUAUACGGGCGUGUAAUUUCGCAAUGGGAUAUCAAUCGUUGCAUUUACUACAGUCUUCAGCAAAUGCAAAUGUUACGCUUGCUUUCGAUACUGUUUCGACACUUUUCCUCGACGCAAUUCAAAACGCAGCCGAUGAAAAUUCAAUGAAAGAACUUACCUCUCAGAAAAAUUUUGAGAAGAUAAAUUCUCUCAUUACAUCACACAUACAUACACAUCGAUUUCCGAACUGCAUUGGAAGGAAGAUGUUGAAAUCGUAUAGAAAUUAAGUAUACAAUCGGUUGAUUAAAGAUUGCAACACUUUUCCUUGAUGAAUUUUGUAAUACAUCUCGUAUUCAAUAGGAGAAUUUGUUCUUUUAGCAAUUUUUAGGAUAUAUAUAAUUCCUAUGGAAUACAGAGUGCGUUACAUCAUCGAAGAUGUCUCAAAGCAAGGAACAUAUCGAGAAAAAAUUUUACAGGAAAUCUUUGAGAGAAACAAGGAUCUACAAUACGGUCGCAAUUACGUUUUAAAGUCGUAGCACUAGUCUGUAAAUCGAUCAUACGUCCAUUUUUUUCACGUAAGCUUACAAGAAAUAAAAAGCUCCAUUGACGAAUUCAAUAAAACUUUUCAUUUCUCACGAAUUUACGUGAAGGAAAUGGAUAUACGAUCGAUUCACAGACUACGAUCGCAUUGUAGACAAUUCUUUAAUCAACCGAUUAUGCGCGUUCUUUUAGAGUAAUCGUUGCUAAGUUACAGCAUCGAUUUUAUAGUACAUGACAAUAUUUAUGCGAAAAAACUAAGUCUAUCGGUAUCCAUUAAUAUGUUCGCUAUCAGCGUCACACAUAUGUGAUCACACUUUCGAUUUCUCUCCGGAAAACUAAGCAGGCUUAGUUUUGUAAUUUCCUAACGCUUACGUUAUAACUGUAACGCUAUCUAACGCAAACGUUACACGUCGUCGCGCAGAUAUAAUAAGUACUAUAAUAGCUGCGCAACGAUGUUCAACGAUAAUGACAUUGUCGUUAAAAAUUGUAGAACAAGUGUCACAAUUCAUACAUUAUGCUUUAAACGCUCAAUUUGUCCAUUUCAUACAUUUUAUCUGCGCAAACAUGCACUGCAAGCGCAAAUACUGCAAAUAUAGCGUAGACUAUAGUGAGGUUUUUGAUUCAAGCGCGAUAGCGAACGUGUUAAAGGACCCGACGCUUUGCCGACGCAAUACAAACGUAUAAAAUAAUAUAUAUAUCGCGCAAUCGUGCAACGAUAUAACGUCUACAUUCAGUGUACACUGACGUCCAAGCUUGUGCAAUCUUCUCGUCGUACUGUUGCCUUAAUAGUAACACGGUGAAAAUUUUGUGAUUUGUUACGCAGCGAUCGACGCGUUCAACAUAACACUUCGUGUAAUCUUUUUAGCGGAAUCCUUUUAUAUUAUGUCCUCAAGAGAAUUCUUCUAAUAUCAAAAAAAAAUAUUCUAAACGCAGUGUUUUUAAAUUUAGAAGACUUUCGUCUUUUAUCAAGUCUUAUUCUUAAUAGAAGUUUCUCCUAGUAAAAGAACAUUCUGUUUCAAGCAAACAUAUUCCUCUCGAUUCAAAAAAAGAGAAAAAGUCGUAAUAAUAUCAAAUAGAUUGCCAAUUAAUAGUUCAUUUUGUUAGAAGAGAAAUACUUUUUCGAUAAGAACUUUCGCUUAAAAUAUGGGAUUACAGGAAAUAGCACCUUGCAACUAGAAUUCUUUUUUAGGUGUUACAAUGUUUUCCGUUUGGUUUAAAAAAUUUCUCUUGAUAUAUAUAAGAUUUUCGCUAAGAAUAAGAUUAUACUUUUUGUAUGUAUUAUACUUUGGGUAUGUAUACUAUUAGGCAGGGUUGGAAAGUAACUUUUCGUUACUCUUCAAAAAUUAUUUUUCUAACCCUGCUAUCUAGUAGUUUCGGCUAAUUCUAUCUUUAGGAUAACAGACGCAAAGAAUCAUAUCAAACGAGGAACAUUGUGUUGAGACAACGAUUUUGUAAAUAAUUUGCACAAUGACUUCCGCGCAUUGCAUAUACCCAGCAAGCACAGAGAAUAUAACUAUUAUAUAACAUAAAAGUAACACGUAAUAUAACAGCUAUUAUACAUUAUUAAUGUUAAAGUUGCGCAAUUCUCUUUAUAACCGCAAUGUAACUUUUUAAGAAACUGUUAAAUUGCUCCAUUAUUUACUGAUUAUAACGGUAUAAUAGCAAUAUAACUAAAAUAUAAUAGGUUAUAUAACAAGUAUAUUGUUUGUGUUACAUCUAUGUUAUAUAACAUUUUUAUAUCCAGAUGUCGAGUCACUCGUUAGAUAGCUUCCGUUUCUUAAAUAUUUCAUUAAAUAUGAUGAAUUAACAUACAUACAAAAACGGUGAUCACGAGAUGGCAAAACUUGUACCAUGGAAUUCACUCUUAUAAUCAAGUGACAUAUCUUUUGAUUUUUUUGAAACUGCGGUCAAAGUAAUAAUCCCUCCCAAUGAAAUUAUUUAUAGAGAUGGGAAUAGAUAAAUAGCAAUAGCCUCAACAACAUAAGAUAUCCUGAGGAUACUUCAGAUGUUUCAAAUGAUAGAAUAAUUCUGGGAUAUCUUGUGUUUAUUUGAGAGCUAAUUAAUUUAGAAGAUAGCUAGAUACUUUUAUGUCAUUAUCUUUACAAAAAAUAUAAUUUUUUAUAUGAAAUAAUUAUAGUAUUUUUAGAAACAUACUUUUAAAAGUUAACUGAUAUUUGAGUGACAGCUUUAUAUAACUGCUACAUACAAUUAAAUAACUAAAGUUGCUGGAAAAUGGAUCAUUUGUAUUCCAGCUAUAUAAUAUUUCAGCAAUUGAUAUAACAGCUGUAUAACAUUUAAUAACAUGUUAUAUUUUUAUUUUAAGCUGCAACAUCGUUUGAGUGGGAAAUUACUAUUGUAAUAAAAUUACAACUAACGUGUAUGUUAUACGUAACAAACAUGUUAUAUUGCAUGUUACUUUUUAUUACAUUACGGCAACGUAACAGUUAUAUAAUUGUGUUUGCUGGGUACUGUCCUAAAUUAAUUCGUAAAGAUGUAUGUACAUCUAGAAAAAAGUUCUCUAGGAAAUCUUCGCUUUUGUCCACGUGAGAGAAUCUUUAUGUAAAUGUUACGUCUUCUACUAUCGCGAUCUUCCUUCGUGGAUGAGAAUCUACGUGUUACGUUUUAAUGCCAUUUAGGAAACGUAAGUGAAAUUUACCAAAGGGUCCAAUUUUGCCAAGUCCGACAAUAAUAGUAGCAAUCUGAAUCUCUACAGAAUCUCGGUCGAAUGAAGAGAUCGCAUUGUGCUUCGAGAGCGCUCCUUUAGCGAGUCGCGUGAUUCUUUUCCGCAGUACGAGAGCCCCCAUAGUUUGUAAGAUGACGCUUAAUUAUACGAGACGCGAUAUAAGAUACACAAAUUUACCAAAGAGUUACCCCCCGGCUUGUGUAACAUGUCGUGCAUUAUUUGUAUUUUUAUUCAUACUGUGUAUUUAUGUUGCAUUUCUAUUUCGCAGGACGAUUUACGAGUCUCGAAUCUAUUUAGUAUCACUUAGUGAGGAUAUUUUUAUCGGUAUUUGCCAUAUACGAGAUAUCGAAAUAGGCAGCAUGAGACGUUCUCUCGCUAUGUAAAUACGAUAAAUGAUUUAUACGAAAAUUAUACUCAGUCUUUAAGACUUUUUGAGAUUGUGAUUUUUAUGAGCGAAAUUACGUUUCGGGUUUUCGAAAGUGUAUAUUUUAUUAAUGCACGGGAAAGCAAUAAUAAUAAUAUAAUUAUUUUUAUACGUCUAUGUAAAAGAAAGAUUAUUCAUAUUGUUACGAAAUAUACGUACUUGCAAAUCA